UUUCCUUCUGAUGCUCUCCUUUUCGUUCUUCCUUAGAUCGUCAUAACGGGAGCAUUCGAGUGCUCUUUCUGCGCAGUCACUUUAUAAUCUCGACUAAUUGUCCCAGCACUCCUGGGAGUGAGUGGUCUUACCGUUGAAUAGCCAGUCAAGGAGCGGAGCGGAGAUUCAGAGAAGUUAAUGACUGUCACAUGGCUAGUAACUUAGCCGGUAAAACAAGAUUCCGAGUGCAGCGGCUAGACUUCACAGUCCAUUCUUUCCUUAGUAGGAGCUGCCCAUCGACUUUCCAGAAGAGAAACAAGACAGGGAGCCAAACAAGACCCACAUUGAACAUCCUGAAGCAGCAACAGUUAUGGCAGAAUGGCACGAAGGACUAUGAAACAACGGCCCCGAUGUACGAGCGAGUGCUACACCCGUCUGUGCCGCAAAAGAAAAGUUCAGACUGCACAUCGGAGGAGAAUGACUUGCACUAUGCAGACAUUCAUGUGCUCAGCCAAAUGCGGCCGCACUCUCUCAAGGUGAAAUGCCUGCGUUCAGAAUCUGCUACGGAGUACGCCACCCUUCGCUUCCCCCAGGCCACACCUCAGUAUGACAGCAACAAUGGAACCCUGGUGUGAGCCCUUGGAAGUUCUGAUUUGUAUGAUUUUACCACUGUGGGAAUAAUCUACUGUUCUCGAGAACAAGGACCUUGACCAUGUAUUUAUCUUAAAGCACACCAGAACAUCUGGAAUUGUGGGUCCCCCCACCACUCACUCCACUAUGAAUCUUUUGGUUCGCCACUGUUGUGGUAAGGUUAACUAUGGGUGGACUGAGUUCCAAAAAAUAUUUAUGUGCAAAAAGAUUGCUCUUUGAGCCCUAAUAUUAUUUGAAAUCUCAAAUGCAGCAAGAACCCUCUAUGCACUCUGGCUGUUUCUGAUAGGAGUUAUUUAAUGAUAUUUGAUUUUGUUUGGACUUUUUGUUGUUUAUUUGGUUAUUUCUUGGUUGGUUUUUUUUUUUUUUGUUUGUUUGUUUGUUUGUUUGUUUUUUUGUUUUUUUUUUUUUUGAGAAACAGGAUCUCAUGUAGCCCAGACUGGCCUGGAACUGGCUGCAUAGCUGAGGACGGCCUUGACAUCAUAAUCUAUCCCCACCUCCUACUACUAGUGCUGGCGUUACAGAUGUGGCCACUCUGCUAACUAAUUCUAUCCAAUUUAUAUACCUGUACCCCAAAGCCGAAGAGAAACGCUCUGGGAAAGUUUUCUGAGCUUUUGCACACAGCCCCAGGACUAUUGUAGGCAAUUAACCUAAUAGCUAAGUCAAGGGCUCCAACCUUUAUCACAGAGAUGAGACUCCAACCACUAAGCCGCAAGGAGUUCAAGUUGUCGAUACUAACAGCCCUCAGAAGACAUCCCGGAGAAACUCUCCUUGCAAGACUGUUAGCAAGUCUGAGGAACCUUUAGAAUCAGUCAAUAAAUAAUAUGUAGAACAGGCUGGUAA